CGCAUCGCGUUACACUCUGCUGCCACCUGGCCGACAACUGAACAACUCGCCUGGCUGACUGCCGCGACAAGCGCUCUCUUCACCUCGUCGCUGUCCCCCCUGUGCUCAGCGCAUCACAUUGCGAUGAAGAUCCCCCGCUUCGUCAAGACGUUGUACUUCCUCCUCGAGAAGGAGUCGCCUUCGUCCGUCGCGACGUGGGCCACCGACAGUCUCUCGUUCGUGAUAGUCUGUCCUCAGGUGUUUGCAUCGACGUUGCUGCCAAAGUACUUCGGGCACUCGAACUGGACCAAGUUCACGGCCGAGCUAGCUCGGUUCGGGUUUCGGCCAGACCGCGCAACGUCCAAGGACAUGGCGGUUUCCGUUGAGUACAGCCACGUGGACUUUCAGCGCGGCAACCUCAAGCGACUCCACUGCGUUCAGCCGAGGAGACAAGGGGAGCUCGACCGUCGCGCCGUCGUCGACGAGAUCGAGGACACAAUCUUGCAGAUCAAGCGCAAAGUUGUCCAGGAAGUAGUCGCCGCCCAAGACAUUGCCAACUGCUUGGAAUCUGUGGUAGACGACUUGUUUGACGUGCCGCCGCUGUUCCGACCAGCGCUACCUCCGCCAUCAACCCCCGCAACGUAUCUUACGACAGGCCCGAUGUACCUCCCAGCCGCCCAGCUUCCCUGGAGGAGGAUACCUGCAUGUGGGUCGUCUCAUGCGACGUGCACAAGAGCGACAAGCUUUUCAUCCCCACCCCCUGUGAUCUCGCCCAUGGUGCCGUCGAAGCCGUUCACUUCUUGGCAGCAGCCCCAUCCGCUCUCCCUCAACCAUGACGUCGACUUGAGCGAUUCCACUUUUGCCAUUCUAGAAGGCAUGAUGGUCGCACAGGUGGACUCGCCAACGUCGUCGAGGCAGGUUUCGUUGUUCGAGCAGCACGAAGCUAAGUCGCCCCCCCUCAGAACAUAGCCCUCUCAUCGUGGACCACAGACACACAAUUUCCUAACUUAUCCAUCGUUCCAUCAAUGCACUCUUGGCUUG